GAAGUUGCCGUCAGUUUGGAACAUGCACCUAGCUCUUAAUCAACUCUCCUGACGACGAACAGGAGCAGUGGCAGCUGAAAGGAGGACGGAAGAGGGACACUUUCUCACAAGGUCGUAUUACUCCUGCUAGUGUCUGCUGUCAACAUGUUGUCUGAAGGAGGCUCUUUCAUGAAGGGGAUGGCCAUGGGCGGCAUCUUCUGCUUGGGACUCUCACUAUUUGGUAGUUUCAGCCCCGCCACAGAGCACGGGCCGGGCGAACAACAUCAUCAUCAUCACGUCAAGGCCCCGAGUAAAGACGAGCUGACUCGCCUCUUGGACGGUCACGUGCUGGAUUUGGUGAAUCAAGUCCGGGUGUCUUGCAUCAUCAUGGUCCAGCCAAAGAUCCUGGUUCACUGGGCGGCUGCGCUGGACACCUGGACUAAACACUGUGACAAGGCUGUGUUCUACACCUCCGAGUCCUCCAAGGCUUUGGAGGCGGUAGACUUAAAUGAAAAAGAUGACUGGGCGAGGCUACGUAAAGCUUUGAACCAUGCCUAUGAGAACGCCGGAGACCUGCGCUGGUUCUUUGUGGCAAAAGCGACCACGUUUGCCAUCAUCGAGAACCUCAAACACCUGGUGCUCACAAAAGACCCCGAGGAGCCCUUCUACCUGGGCAACGCUAUGAAGUCCGGGGAGCUGGAGUAUGUGGCGUAUGAAAGUGGCAUCGUUCUGAGUUAUGAAGCACUGAAAAGGCUAGUGAAUGUGUUGCAGGAUGAAGAAAAAUGUCCAGAAAGAGGACACGCCCUGUGGGCGAUGAGUGAGGACAAGCAGCUGGCAGUGUGUCUCAAAUACACUGGUGUGUUUGCAGAGAAUGGAGAAGACUCUCACGGAAAGGGCCUCUUUAACAGCAAGAGUGUGGACAGCUUAAUAACGGACAGCAUGAGGGAAAACCCCACUAAUGUGGUGGAGGGCUGCUGCUCCGACCUGGCAGUCACGUUUAACGAUAUGUCGCCCAAUCAAAUGCAGGUUAUGAUGUUCGGAGUUUACAGACUUCGUCCUUACGGCCACGACUUCCAUGACUUGUUAGUAUUUCAACCUCCUGAAGGUUCAGACAACGACUAGAGACUCUUUCCUUUUAAUAUGUACGUGGCAUUUGAAAUGUUUUUUGCUUCUAUGAUGGCAAACUUAACUGUUGAGAUGUUUUUCUAAUUAUGUUUGUAAAAUGGAUCCUGGGUGGGAAUAACUCUUUUAUGUAUAUUUGUACCUUUUGCAGUUGGCACAAUCAGCACCUGAAAUGCGUUUGUGGUGUUGUUGAACUGAGGCGAUGAGUGUGCGGUUCUUUUAAAUGAAGAUAGAGCAGGGACAUUUAGCAAACUUGUACCAUGAGACUAGAUUCUCUGGAAGUUGCAAUGAUGUACCUCAGUGUUGAAAUCUGGGGAAAGUAUAUUCACUAAGGCUGCACGAUGUUGAAGUAUACAUACAGGUAGAUUCUGUAGCCGAAAAGAUUUCUACUGAACUGAUCUUCCUUUUUUGGCGAUUUUUCUCGUGUUCUCUGCCCAUUUUCGGGACCCUGCUUUGUUUUUGAUUGAAUAAUUGAUGAAAAUGAUUGUGAUUGGUUGUUUGCUGUGCAUGAAGAACCUGAAUAUCUCUCACUAUGAACAAAUUAUUGUAUGAAAGAAUUUGAAAGUUGGAGUAAUUUAUGUUCUAUUAGACAGAUCUUCCUUUGAGAAUAGUCAUGUUAAAUUAAGUGAUCUUUCCUUUGUUUCAAGCAGCAAAGAAGUUUGAGCAAGACUUGGUUGAGUUCAUUGGUCUUACAUGAUCACAUCCUGUGUUGCAAUGGCUGAAACAAUAUAUCAUGCAGCCCUAAUAUUCAGUAUAUUUCUAUUGUCCUGUGUUACUGAACAACUUUACUUUUUCAGUGGAGCUGUCAUUGUUCCACUUUUCAUUUAAAAAAAAGAUGUGAUUAUCAAACUAAGUACUUUUAAGAAAUGUGACUUUUGGAUGAUAAUAAAUCAAAUGAAUUACUGA